UAAAUCAUUACGCUCCGAAACGUGCUGCUGCUCGCACAGAAAAACCGAAACAGAAACUACGGAUAAAGGCGGCACAGCGCUAGCCAAGUUCAAGUUUGCCCCGAAACACAGAAAGUCGUAAAAAAAGUAUAAAACACAAAGGUUCCACCACCGCGCGCGCACCUAACAACCACAAGAAACAAGCGCCGUUGUUUUUGUUGCUCUUUCCUGCCAAUUUUCGUACGCGCCUUUGCCUUUUCCUUUAUCGUCUGUUGUUUUUAUCGACGCGUUCGUUCUCGUGUUCUUUCUUUUUCCAGACAGUGCGUGAGUGUGUGUUUUUUGCCCCCCUUUAUCUCUCUCCCACUCGCUCUUCGAUUUGUUUAUUGUCACCCCGCGCAAUAUUGAAAAAAAAAAAACCCAAAAAAUUGAAAAGCCCAGGAAGCUGAUCCAGCAAGAUCCAUUAAAAAAACCCUUUAUGCUAAUCAAUGAGCUGUGUCUGAGGCACAGUGGAAAAUUUUCGAAUUUCGCCAAGCGGCGACGUCAUCAGUGGUCGCUAUUGUUGUUGUUGGCGCCCGUGGCCGAGUAAAAGGGCGUUGAAUUCGCUGCCCCGAAUGCCGAGAUUCUUGGAGCAUCCACAGUGGCCGCAGAAAAUCACCCAGCACAACAGCACCUCGAUGCCAUUGCAUUGCCUGAUCAUCAAAUAGGCAGCUUUAAAUCCCCCAAAAUCUUCGGAUUGGACACAAAUUAAAACCAAAACUAAGAAAGGAGAGCGGACAAAAAAGUCAAGAUGAGCUUCAGUUCGGCCAGCGGCAGGGAGAAUAAUGUCCGCAAAUUAUCCUUCCUCGGCUUCAAUACCAAAAAGAAGUCCGGCAAUGAGGAUCCCGAUGAGGUGCUGCUGGACUCGGAAAUGGACAAGGUCUUUGCCAGCAAUAGUUCGCGCAAAGACAAGUUCGAUGUAAACACCUUCCAGGACAACUCCCAGCAGCCCAUUGGAUCCCGCAAAAAGAAUAGCAUCCGCACAAACGAUCUGAAUAUAGAGGAGGAUUCGGAGUACGAGAGCCAAACGGAACCUUUGAACAAUGCACAAAACUACGAUGACAUCCCCGAGGACUUUCCGUUAGUAUCCGAGAGAGCCGGACACGGCGAUCACUCGGAUAACUCGCUGGACGAGAAGCACGUCCAGUUCGGCGGCAAGAAGAAGAUUGUCGUCACCCCGCCCAGUUUGAGUUAUGAUGAACAACCCACGGACCAAUCGCACGAACGUAAACGCAGAAGAAGCCGCCAUCAGUAUUAUAGACAACGUAAAUUCUCACAUCAGGACAGCGUGGAACCCAAAAUCAAGCUCGAGGAAAACGGUGAUGCAGGUGCGCGUCGCAUCUCUGUGCAGCCUGAGGACACGGCAUUGGAGGAGGCUGAUCUCAAUGAGCUGAGAUCACAUCGUUCGGACGACCCGCGUGCCUUGCGGCGCCACAAGAUUCAUCACUCAUCCAUCAAGUUGCGCGAACUGCCCCAAAUUACGAUUUCCCCCUUCACCAACAAGAAGCCCGAGGUGGAUCAUAGUCCUCAUGAGAUCUUUGUACAACUGGACGAGCUCACUGGCGUGGGCGAGGAUCGCGAAUGGAAGGAGACCGCCCGCUGGAUCAAAUACGAGGAGGAUGUGGAGGAGGGCUCCGAUCGCUGGGGCAAGCCCCAUGUUGCCUCCCUCUCCUUCCACUCGCUGCUCAAUUUGCGUCGCUGCCUGGAAACGGGCGUUGUCCUGCUCGAUCUCAACGAGAAGGACCUGCCCGCCGUGGCCUAUCGUGUGGUAGAGCAGAUGGUGAUCGAGGACCUGAUCGACAUCAACGACAAGCCCUCGGUGAUGCGGUCGCUGCUCCUGCGGCAUCGCCAUGUCAACGAACACCAGGGAGUGCUGCCCUUCACCAAGAGGAAGUACAACAGCUACACCAGCCUGCAGUUUCUUUGGAUGGGAGCGGAGUCUUCCGCUCACCAGCAGUUCCAGCAGCAGCAGCCGGCACAGCAGCCACCUCGCAACUUGGCCAAGGCCAGGAGGAGCAUCUGCGUCACCUCGAGUGCCCCGCCCACCGCGGCGAUGCUGAAUGUGGCCACUGCCUCCGCUGCAGCGGCAGCGAUCGACCAUCGACGCCACUCCACGAUGUCCUACCUGGGUAAUUUGUCGGGCGGCACAGAUGACAAGAAGAUCAAGAUAAUGCCGGCCAGCGAAAUCGGAGGCAGCAAGCGUAGCAACGAGCUAAAGAUCGACAUGAAGGACGAUAUGUACUCCUCGUCGCAGGAGGAUCUCAAGAAGCUGCAGAAUGACACGAUCCUUAAGAGGAUUCCUGCGGGUGCUGAGGCCACCACUGUUCUGGUUGGUGCCGUAGAGUUCCUGGAGCAGCCAACGAUUGCCUUUGUCCGUCUGUCGGAGGGUGUGCUGAUGCCCACCUUGACGGAGGUUCCUGUCCCGGUGCGGUUCAUGUUUGUGCUCCUGGGACCCCGUAACUUUGACUUGGACUACCACGAAGUGGGUCGUUCCAUCUCCACGCUGAUGGCCAACGAGCACUUCCAUGCCAUUGCCUACAAGGCCGACGAUCGCAAGGAUCUGCUGUCGGCCAUUAAUGAGUUCCUGGAUGAUUCGAUCGUUCUGCCGCCCGGCAACUGGGAUCGCCACGAUCUCCUGCCCUUCGAGGAGUUGAAGGCCAAAAGGGAUUGGAUCCGCACGCGGAAGAUCAAGGCGUUGCAGGUGAAACGCGACAGCGAGAUGAUCAAAAUUGGCAAGGACGAGGAGAAGGCGUUGCUGGAGAAGCAAACCCACGGAGCCAUUGGAUUCACGAUCGGCGGCGGUGAUGGUGGAGGAGAUGGUGGCUCCGAUGAUGAGGAUGGCGGGAAAAAGAAGAAGCCCGGUCCGCUGGAGAAAACAGGUCGCUUGUGGGGUGGAUUGAGGAACGAUCUGAAACGGCGAAUGCCCAUGUACAAAAGCGAUAUUCUGGAUGGUCUGAACUCGGAAACUCUGGCGGCCACCAUCUUCAUGUACUUCGCUUGCCUCUCGACCGCCAUCACGUUCGGAGGUCUCGUUUCCGCCAAGACGGACAGUUGGAUUGGUAUUUCCGAGACGCUGAUCUCUUGCUCCCUGGUGGGCAUCGUCUUCCAUUGCCUCUCCUGCCAACCGCUGGUGAUCAUCGGCACCACUGGACCCCUGCUGCUCUUCGACGAAGCUCUCAUGGUUUUCUGCACACAAAAUGGAUUUAAUUUUCUGGCUUUACGGGUUUACGUUGGAGUUUGGUUGAUAAUUAUUGCGCUGACUGUUUCUGCAUUCGAGGGAAGUGUUUAUGUGCGUCUGCUAACGAGAUUCACACAGGAGAUAUUCUCGGCCCUCAUCACACUCAUUUAUAUUGUGGAAACGUUUAUGAAACUGAUUUCGAUCUACAAGCAGAAUCCACUUCUGUCGGAUUACAAUCUGCCACCUCCCACGUUGGUUGCUCACGAUCAUGCCGCCAAUGAAAGUCUCUUUAAUGCAACCACAGUUUCGCCAGCGAAUAUCACCGAAAUGGUUUUGAAUAUCUCCACGACGGCCAUGCCAAUGGGUCCACCUCCGCUGCCCAAGAAUCAACCAAACACCGCUCUAUUCUGCACCAUUCUCACACUGGCCACCUUUGUGGUCGCCUACUACCUGAAGCUCUUCCGCAAUUCCCAUUUCCUGGGUCGCAAUGCUCGUCGUGCCCUCGGAGAUUUCGGUGUGCCCAUCUCGAUUGCCAUUUUUGUGCUGGUGGAUUACCUGGUGCCGGCUGUUUAUACGGAGAAACUGGUGGUUCCCGAGGGUCUGUCGCCCAGUGAUCCCUUGAAACGUGGUUGGUACAUUGGCUUCGAUACCUCCUCCACUUGGAUUCCAUUUGCCUGUGUGGUGCCCGCCCUGCUCGUUUAUAUCCUCAUCUUCAUGGAGUCGCAGAUCUCCGAGUUGAUUGUGGAUAAGCCAGAUCGUGGUCUGAAGAAGGGUUCCGGUCUCCAUUGGGAUAUUGUUUUGCUGUGCCUGCUCAACUGCGCCUGCGGAUUGUUUGGAAUGCCCUGGCAUUGCGCUGCCACUGUGAGAUCUGUGACGCAUGUGUCCUCCGUUACCAUUAUGUCACGCACACAUGCCCCUGGUGAGUCGCCCAGGAUCGUUGAUGUCAAGGAGCAGAGGCUGUCUGGAUUUUUUGUGUGCCUCAUGAUUGGUCUUUCGGUGCUGAUGGCUCCACUCCUGCGCUUGAUUCCCAUGGCCGUGCUCUUUGGAGUGUUUUUGUACAUGGGAGUGGCCUCCAUGAGCGGAGUGCAGCUGUUCGAGCGAAUAAGACUGUAUUUCAUGCCGGUGAAGCAUUAUCCUCCCACGCCUUACGUAAAACGUCUGCGUCCUUGGAAACUGCAUCUGUUUACCACCAUCCAAGUGCUUUGUCUCGUACUUCUUUGGACCGUAAAGUCAUCCCAGUUUUCGCUGGCCUUCCCCUUUUUCCUGAUCAUGAUGGUGCCAAUUCGACAGAAUUUGAGCAAACUUUACAAUCCAGAGGAAAUGCAAGCGUUGGAUGGCAGCGAAAUGAAGAAGAACGACGACGAUGAGCCCGAUUUCUAUGAACAAACCAAUUUACCAGCCUAGAAUUGGCUUAGCUGCAACUUAAUUAGUUUUAGAUUGAAAGUAUUAGAGUCAAGCCACGUUUUACGAUGGCCCACAAAAAAAAAAAACAAAACAAAAUCACAAUAGCUAAAGCAAAGAAAGGCAAAACUAAAACAAUACAAAUACAAAUACUAUAUAUUUGUUGCGAAAUUCUGGUGUGAAAGUGUUAACGAACUACCUGCAAUUAGUAUUUAAAGACAAGCCACAGACAAACACUCACCUGAAUAGCCCGUCGCAUAUAUAAUACACCGAUAUAGUUAUACAUAUACAUAUUUGUAUAGUAUAUGCAGGGUCUGAAGAAGAAGAAGAAGAAGAAGAAGAGGAAGAGGAAGCGGAAAUCGUGUACCUAAAUUGCAACUGAAAUCAAGAGACAAAUUAGAUUAUUAGCCGGGGUGUCUUGGAGCAGAGAACAAAGCAUAUUUUUGAGGCCAACCGAAUCAGUUGAUGGUUUAUCAAAUUUGAAAACGUUACCUCGGACUUGUCGAGAUAAGACAAAUAUGUAUAUCCUUCCCACGGAAAGGAGGAAGAGGGAAACCAAUUUGCAUCACACACAAAGAAACCAACGAAUCAAACAAAUUAUUUAUUCCGUUGGACUUUCGCAUGUAUUAUUAGCAAUAAUUGCAUUUGCAUAUACACAAAAAAAUAUUAUAAACUUGGCUAAGACCUAUCAAAUCGAAGCAAUCCCAGCGUGGAAAACUUGAGGAAACCGUAAACUAUUUAACUUCAACUGGCGUAGUGAUAAUUAGUGUCAAACACACACAAAAAAAAACUAAACAAAAACCUAGAACUCUCCCUUUAAGAUUAAACGAAAAUUGUUUAUAACAAAAUCGUUUAACGCACUUCAAUCGGAGCUGUCUUUUAAAGUCAAUGCUCCUUGGAUUGAAGUGGCCGCUGUAAUUUUGCCUUCUUUGUAUUUGUAGUCAGGUUAUUGAAAUUCACAAAAGCAAAAAACACAAGUUAGCCCAUUGUACUUAUACAUGACUUUGUUAUACAUACACACACCCACACACACAUACAAUAUAUAGUACGUUUCAAAGAUAAUUCGUUCGAAGCGGAAAUGAGCUGAGAGCCUAACCCGAACUAUUUUUAUGUAACUUGUAUGUAUGAACUUGUACUUACUUCUAAGUAGUUGUUGUCUAGUAUUGUUUAUUCAAAUUCAAAUAAAAUUUAAAAAUCUGAA